UGGUACGUCACAUGUUGUAGUUACAGACGGUCCUGUGCUUGUAGUGUCUACCGUACAACCACACAACUGCCCAUCAGAACAGCAAGUCAGUAGGUUUGAUACUUUGAAACACUACGCGCAAAAAUGGCCCAAUGCACGGAACCGUCUACCAGCAUCGGGGCGAACGGAGAGCUGAAAAAGCCGAGGAAGGUUGCUGUUAUCACGGGCAUCACUGGACAGGAUGGCUCCUACCUGGCUGAGUUCCUGCUGGAGAAGGGCUAUGAGGUUCAUGGUAUACUGCGAAGAUCCAGCUCUUUCAACACUGGUCGUAUUGAGCACCUGUACCAGAACCCCCAGACACACACUGAGGGAAAGGAUGGAACUACAGGUGGCCACAUGAAGCUACACUAUGGGGACCUGACAGACAGCACUUGCCUGGUGAAGAUCAUCAACCAGGUCAAACCUACAGAAAUCUACAACCUGGGAGCCCAGAGCCACGUCAAGAUCUCCUUUGAGCUGGCUGAGUACACAGCUAAUGUGGACGGUGUUGGUACCCUGCGUCUGCUGGACGCUAUAAAGACGUGUGGUCUGACCAACAGUGUCAAGUUCUACCAGGCCUCUACUAGUGAACUCUAUGGGAAGGUACAGGAGAUCCCUCAAAAGGAGACCACGCCGUUCUACCCCCGCUCACCUUACGGUGCUGCUAAGUUGUAUGCUUAUUGGAUUGUGGUGAACUUCAGGGAGGCCUAUAACCUGUUUGCUGUCAACGGGAUCCUCUUCAACCACGAGAGCCCAAGAAGAGGAGCGAACUUCGUGACGCGUAAGAUCAGUCGUUCUGUGGCGAAGAUUCACCUGGGCCAGCUGGAGAGCUUUAGUCUGGGUAACCUGGACUCCAAGAGAGACUGGGGCCACGCCAAGGACUACGUAGAGGCUAUGUGGCUGAUGCUUCAGCAGGAGGAGCCAGAGGACCUUGUCAUAGCGACGGGGGAGGUCCAUAGUGUCAGGGAGUUUGUGGAGAAGUCCUUCAAACAUGUGGGCAAGACCAUUGUGAAUACCUGCAAGGUGAUAGCACCAAGGCACUGACAAAGUUAGGCUGGAAAGCAAAGAUCACUUUUCAGGAACUGGUGAAAGAGAUGGUUGAUGCUGACAUCCAUCUCAUGAAGAAUAACCCUAACGCAUAAAACCACAUCCUGUGGAUCAACCCAAACCUAGGGAAUUGUCUGAGCACUCCUGACCAGAGUGCACUGUGACUCAACAGUCGCACCAUGCGGUGAAAAGAAUAUAAAACUAGUCUGGAUCAUUUUUUUCAUCACUUUGCUGUCCCAAACGAAGUUACUUCGUCUGUUUUUUUGCCUUUUGCUAUGGUGAGGGAAGAUUAUUCGAUGCCUUUUAAAUAAUACCAUUCCUUAUUUUUUUGUUUUUAAUCUUAAUAUAUUUUUUCUCACUGAUCAUGAUUUAGUAGCCUAUAUGGUGAUAGAACUUUUAAUUGUUUUUAUUCGACGCUGUCUCUGGGCAAUAUGGGGUUGUAUUGUUGUCUUGUGUUUGUGUGUUUUAAUCGCCUGGCAUAUAGGUAACAGGUUGCAGUUUGUCCUUUUAGAAGAAAAAAUAUAUAUAACUUGAAUUAUUUGUUAUUGUAAGAUGACCAACAAAUUUGUUUUAAAUGUUAUUCAGCAUUUGUGAAAUCUUUUGUAUUCCCAUCUGCCAUAUUUCAUUCAGAAUAUAAACAUUUUGGUACAAUAAAACUUGUUCUUUUAAUACAUUA